AUGAAGAGGUUUCGCUUUGGUGGAAUGUUUUUCCUGAUCAGUUGUAUCCUGUGGCUGGGGAGAGCUCUUGCAGCCGAUUGUCCUUAUAAGCAAUGCACUUGUAGUCUGCAAAACAUCAUGUGCAAUGAGCUGGGACUGACAGCCAUGCCUCAGAUAACGACUGUGGUGAACACCUACUUUACAAUUGCUCAGUUUGAUAUAAACAACAUCACAACGGUCCCCGGAGGAAGCCUGCCAGCCAAUCUGUCCCAGAUUUCUUUCAUUCGUAACCCAAUAUCAUUCAUGGACCUUGAUGCCUUCGAUGGAUCAGCCAACACUUUAACAACACUCACCUUUUUCGGGGCUAACUUUUACACGCUGCCGGAUGCAUUUCUUCAUCUGAACGUUCUCAGCUGGUUAGAAAUUUCGGAAAGCAUUGUUAAGGACUGGAACGAUAAUGUUAUGAAACACAUUGGGGCUUCCUUAAACACGCUAUCCAUAGAAAACGUUGAAAUGAAUACGUGGCCUUCGUGGAUGCAGUACUGCACAAACUUAACAGACCUUGGCAUCAGCGGAGCAUCUAUCGGGGACAUUCCUGACAACGGCUUGGAUAGUUUGGUUAACACGGCACAAAAUCUGGAGCUAAGCAACAACAGUUUUACUAAAAUACCAAAAGCCGUCUCUAAGAUGACGGCUGUUAAAUUUCUGGGUUUUCAGGCCAAUAAAAUCUCUGAUGUUUCGUGGCUACCUCAGAACGCUAAACUAGAAUCGAUAUCUUUGUUCGGUAACAGACUACAGGAUUCCAAACAAUUAAGCACUGCGAUACUUCCUUAUGUAAGCACUUUAAAUGGGAUAGAACUGCAUACCAACCUUUUGACAUCCUUUCCCGAUUUGGGUGCUUUCACACUCAUUAAUGAACUUGACUUCAGACGAAACAAACUGAUUGACCCAAAUUCUGGAUCUGUGCCCACAGGUCUGGUGGACCUAAAAUUGGGAAACAAGUUAAGAGUCUAA